UCGGAGUACUUAAGGGGAUAACUUUACUCCCGGUUGUCCAAAACUUCUCUUCUCGAAUCUUCAGCGACAAGACUAUUUUGCUGUAUCGUGUGGUGUUGUGCAGAUCAAGAGUGGUAACCUAACCAAGGGAUCAAAGGUCAGGUCAAGAUGAGUCAAACGGAUCCCAAGGCGGUGAUCAAGAACACCGACAUGGACGAGGACAUGCAGGACUACUCCAUCAGCCAGGCCAACAAAGCCUUAGAAAAAUUCUCCGUUGAAAAAGACAUCGCUGCGUACCUGAAGAAGGAAUUCGACAAAACCUACUCGCCAUCGUGGCACUGCAUUGUGGGGAAAAACUUUGGCAGCUACGUCACCCACGAGACCAAAAGUUUCAUCUAUUUCUAUUUGGGACAACUUGCAGUCUUGCUGUAUAAAUCAGGAUAGACGACAGAGGGCAGUCUUCCCGAGAGCUGAUAGACUAAUAGCAGGCUUAAAGGCCGAUGUUGUUUUUGUAACUCAUCAGAUGGUGUUAAAACUGUAUUUCACCAAGUCAACGAUCUUUUAAUGUGAACGGUACAAAAAUGGACAGGUUAAUAUAAACUUUAGCAAGCCUAAAGUAUCUCAAUAUUUAAGUGAAAGAAAUUGAGGCUUUUUCUACAUACCCCAAUCGACAAUCUACGAUUUGCUAUAGGGACCAGACCAGCAAAUGUACAUUCAUUCUAUCUCUGUGUAUUGUCUGUCAAUGCAAAAUCUAGCCAAGGUACGGGACACGGGGGGUGAGGCAUUCCACCCCCACC